GCAAGAAUAAAUGUCAAGACCAAGGACAGUUCAAGAAGACGAUUACCAAGCCAUCGCUUGUGUCUCGAAGAGAAAUUCCUUUAGAAGGGAUGAUAUUUAGCACAGAAAUUAGUUCAAAUAAUCCUUGGUGUCAUAAGUGUAAAGAAUGGAGCCAAAAAUGUCAAGAACUUCAAGUUCAACAAGAUGAGAUGAAGAAAUAUUACUCCUCUCUAACAGAAGAUCUCCAGCAGUCUGUCAAUAUUCUGCUGAAUGAUUACAUAAAGGAUUCUAAUGCAGUUGAAAAGUUCACUCAAAGUUCUGAGAAGAUCAAGCAACUGCGUAAAGAGGGCUAUGAGCUUAAGAAAACUCUAUUAAUGAUGCAGAAGAACUACUCUGACGCUCAGCAAUCUCUUGAGGAGGAUAAAUAAGUGCAUAAAGAAAGCUGAAAAAGAGCUUAAGAAGACUAAUGAAGGCAAGCUCAUGGCUGAAUGAAAUCAAUUGAAAAAAACGGUCAAAAAUUUAACAGAAGAGGUCGAGAAUUUGAGUAUGACUAACGAAAGGCUAUUUCAAGAUCUUAAGAAUCAAAACUUUUAUUUGAAGUACCAUGAGUUAUCAGAGAAAUACAGCAAGAUACAGAAAGAGAACGAAAAACUGCUUGACCUAAAGAUCAAGAAAUUCAACAGAAUUUUUUUCAAAACACAGAGUUAUAGUGGUUUACAAGGCUACUCUAGUUUUUUUAAUAGGAGUCAGGAAGGAAGAAAUAAGUUACAACAGAUUUUAGCCAAGAAUAACUUUAACUCUUGUUUCUCACCUUCUCAGCCUAGGAUUCAAUGUAAAAAAAUCCCGAAGAAAGACAUUGACACUAAAGUACUGUCUUCCAGAGUAGAGAAGAACUCUCAUGAGAAAAGAGUCUUUGUAAGAAAGAUGAGCUUCCCUUUUAAAAUGAAGUGAGAGAAGCCUAAACGUAGUCCUGCUUUGACAAGUUCUAAACGAACAAAAAAAAUUAUGAAGAGUCUUAAUACUACCCAACUGACAAGAACGAAUACUUCUGAAGAUCGAUGAAAACCGCGAAGAAAAUACGAUAGCAUUUCUCAUCAAGAAUUAUGCUCUGAAGUUGGUAUUCAGAGCCAAGCCAAAAUGCCAAAACCAAAAUGCCAGCCAAGACGGCGAAAGAAGGCCUUAAACCCCAGCAUCCCUAUAACUCCAAGGUCUGAAUACCUAAAUAUCUUCAAAAGGGUAGCUAUCUAGGUCCCCAAAUGGCCUAAAAUCUCCCAAAAUGUGCACGAAUAAUGCCUUAAACCCCCUUAUAAUUUG